UGUCCAGACCCCCCCAGGUCUCCGGUUAGGCCAGACCCGCCUCUAGGCAGCCGGUUAAGAAGACGCCCCUGGAAGGGGGAAACUGACAUGCCAUCAGGCCCCGCCCCUCCCCUCCCCUGCAAGAGUGUCUCUGCUCCCGCCCCGAGAAGUUCAGUGCCCCCCCGGGCUGCCUCCCGCGCUUCCGCGCUCCCGCCGCCGGGACCCUCGGCUUCCGAGGAGUCGGCAGCUCCCGACCCCGCGAAGAUGGCGAGGAGGAGCCGCCACCGCCUCCUCCUGUUGCUGCUGCGCUACCUGGUGGUCGCCCUGGACUAUCAUAAGGCCUAUGGAUUCUCUGCCUCAAAAGAUCAUCAAGUAGUCACAGCAAUAGAGUAUCAAGAGGUUAUUUUAGCCUGUAAAUACCCAAAGAAGACCAUUUCCUCCAGAUUGGAGUGGAAGAAACUGGGGCGCAGUGUCUCCUUUGUCUACUAUCAACAGGCUCUUCAAGGAGAUUUUAAAGAUCGAGCUGAGAUGAUAGAUUUCAGCAUACGGAUCAAAAAUGUUACGAGAAAUGAUGCCGGGAAAUAUCGUUGUGAAGUUAGUGCCCCAUCUGAACAAGGUCAAAACCUGGAAGAGGAUACACUCACUCUAGAAGUAUUAGUGGCUCCGGCAGUUCCAUCAUGUGAAGUACCCAGUUCUGCACUGCGUGGAACUGUGGUGGAGUUGCGAUGUCAAGACAAAGAAGGCAACCCGGCUCCUGAAUACACGUGGUUUAAGGAUGGCAUCCGUCUGCUAGAGAAUCCAAAACUUGGCUCCCCAAGUGCCAACAGCUCAUACACAAUGAAUACAAAAUCUGGAACUCUGCAAUUUAAUACUGUUUCAAAACUGGACAGUGGAGAAUAUUCCUGCGAAGCCCGUAAUUCUGUUGGACAUAGCAGGUGUCCUGGGAAACGAAUGCAAAUAGAUGAUCUCAACAUAAGUGGCAUAAUAGCAGCUGUAGUAGUUGUGGCCUUAGUGAUUUCUGUCUGUGGCCUUGGCAUGUGCUAUGCUCAGAGGAAAGGCUACUUUUCAAUAGAAAAUGUCCAAGAUGACAUGAAGGUGAGUCAUGAAGCAUCCCGGCGAAUAUAGGGAGGAAAGGCAGAGGUGUCUCAUCGCAACAUUCCAGGAAUCAUCACAGAAUAUGUGAGAGGCACCGGGGAGUGGCAUAGCGCAGCGAUACCGAGAGAUGUGCAAUGUGGAUGGAUAUUUAUAGCACACGUACAUGUAUUUAAGAUCCUUUUAUUUUAAGUAAGGGAUCGUAUAUCUCAAGAUGAAAAUUAAUUUCUAGUUUUAUGAUAAGAAAUUUCAUUGGAAUAAAUCUGUGAAAUGUUUUAUCAGUAUAGAACAGUGGAAUGUUGAAUGUCAAAUUUAGCACAACUGUAUUUAGAAGACAAUUGUUCAAUUAAAAGCUAGAAACCUAUUGUAUUAUAGUUGCUUCUGAGGUUUUUAAUUCUUCAAGUUUAGGUCUGUUGGAACUCGCGUUUGGUGAUACAAUAGGUUUGAUGUAAAUGGAUAAGAUUUUUAAAUGUUUUAUUCUCUUAAUGCAUUUCUUUACUUCCAGUCUUUAAAAUUAUCUGAGACCUUCAAAGUUGCACAACUCCAUCAAGUCCACUAAAAAUAGUGUAUAAAGUAGAAUUUUUAAGGAUAAUACAUUUAUAGCAUGAACAAAUUUUAGACCUGCUGUUUUUAUAGUGAACAUUAAUUUUGAAAUUUAGGUUUAAAAAAUAUCUUAUAUCAAAAUAAAACUUAAAUGUAAAGGGGGUUUCUAAUAAUACCUAUAAAUAGGUAUCGUAGAAUGUUUCCAUGAAUGUGGUUUCAAGGAUAUUCCCUAUAAUUAAGAAUAACUGCUCUGUGAAUGAAUAGUAGCUGUUGUGUGGUGCUCCUAUCCAGUCCAGUGUAAUGUAAUCCGGCUGAGUCCCCCUGCUGGUCAAUGGUGGAAGUACAGACAGAUAAGGUUGCUCAUUCAAAAUUCUUGUCUUUUCUCUCUACCUGCAAAGAAUACCUGUCUGAGUGUUUUUAUUAAAGACUUGGUAAACGGUUUUUCUUAAAAUGCUGAAUUAAUUAAAGAUUUUACGUGAAUAUUAUUAGUUCAUUAGCUAAGAAUGUUACUCCCGUUUUCAUCUAGCAGAAAAUCUAUCUAAGAGAACCAUUUUCUUGAACUUGCAUUUCAGACAGGGGCUGGCAAACUAUGACCCAUGGACCAAAUCUGGUCUGCCACUUGAUUUUCUAUGGCCCACGAGCUAAGAAUGGUUUUUACAUAUAAACAUUGCAGUCUAUUUGAUAAUAGGGAACCCUAACCUUGAACCCCCAAAUAAGAGAAAUGUUAUCCCUCCAAAGAAUUCCAUUCUUCUAAUUAGUAGACCUGUAUUACAAGACUUUGAUUAUUAUUAUUAUAUUUUUAAUUCAUUGAUAAAAAUUUUUGAAAAUUUGUUUUCUCUUUUGUUAUGUAAGUACUUAACUUAAUAUCCUCGAUU